AUGGGCGACACAAAGGAUGAUCAUGGCCAAGAACUAUCUCUUGUCCAGUCUGCAAUAGAUACGCUACUCUGGCCACUACGCGUAGCAACAUCACCACUAUUACUACGGACAUACCUUCGCACCGCGCUUCUCUUCCUCACGUCCACAAUUCUCUUCGGCCUCGCUGUCAUCGCAUACUCGUCCUUCUACUACUCGUAUAUACCCGUGCGCGGCGUAACCGUACCAGUGCACCUGCAGUUCGACCAUGGCGCGGCAGCAUCGUAUCUUACCUCACACUCGGAUAGCAUACUCGGCGGAAGAACCGCACAAUGGCCGUACGGGAUAGCAAAGGUGCAAGGUCUAGUAGACAGGCAGAAGUACGAUGUUGUCGUCGAAAUGGAAGUCCCACGGAGCGAGACGAAUCUCAAAGCGGGCAACUGGAUGGCCAUUCUUGAAAUGCGCGGCUCGUCGACUGUUGGCGGUGGAGUGCGGAGCUUGUUGGGCUGGGAUGAGGAGUGGAACAGUGAAGAUCACAGUCAAGGAAGCGUCCCUAGCGCAACGACCGGGAAAGGGUCGACACGCGAUACGGUCGUUGGGAAACCAACAAUCCUGGCAAGAAGCAGAAGGCCAGCCCUCCUUACCUAUCGAAGCCACGUGGUCGAACAUGCAUACCGCCUUCUUCGUCUCCCCCUGUACCUCAUCGGCUGGCACACCGAGUCUGAACGCAUCGAGGUUAGUAUGAUGGAGUCUAUCAUAUUCGAGCAGGGCUCUCACAACGUGCCUUCCUCGCUCCGUCUCGAAUUGCGCUCAAAACACCCGUUGGAAGUCUAUCGCGUCAGCGUACGAGUCAGCGCCAGAUUGGAGGGCUUACGGUGGCUGAUGUACCGAUACUGGAUUACGAGUGCAAUAGUAGGCACAGGGUUAUUCUGGAGCGUAGAAAUGGGUGUCUUACUCUGCACAUGGGCCGUGUUCACGCUUCUCUUCGGCAGAUCAACCCCUCAGGAAGACUAUGAGGACCGGAAGAAGAUCAAAUCCGAGGGCGAAGCACGCAUCAAAGUUGAGCCAGGAGAAACCGAGCCCGGAAGCCCCUUUAGCGAUACGAGUCGCACGUUUCCUACCCUGUCUUCACAACGACCACUUUCAUACAGCUCGCCGAAAGAAGAACAAGAAAUGGUCAACCUGGACGAUAUACCCACGAGAGAAGAAGCAGAGGCAGAUGAUGAAGAGGAUGAUUUCCUUCUCGAAGAGCCGGUGCCGAGGACUGUGGAGAGAGAAGGCAUAUUCACAGACUCGGGCAUUGGGACAAGUUUGGAGAGUAGUGUUGAGAGAGGGCUGGCGAGGAGGCGGAGUGGUAGAUUGAAGGAUGAGCUGGGAGGUUAG